AUGGCGUGGUACUCUAGAAUGGUCUAUAAUAAAAUUCAGUAUUGCAUUUAUGUAAACUUGCCAUUGAAGACAUCAAAACAAAAUCUUCCUGCGUUUCGCUCUUUCCUGCUCGAUGAGCGCGAUGAAGAGGGCUUCGCCGGCGACGGACUGGGGGCGUUCGACUUCGAAAUUAAAGGCUCGAAGCUGAUGGCCUUCAGUGUUUCUGUCGUGAUCGUGGGCCUGGUUGAGUACGCCGUUUUCAUAGUCCUCAUUCGACGCUUCGAGGGAGUUGCCGCGGCUAUUCUGGAGCGGCCCGCUGCGACGGUGACGGUCAUGCGCCUGUUGCCCGACUCAUAG